UUAUAUAAUAUAUCUCCCUCUCACAUUAGGAGAAUGGUUACAUUCCAGCUGGGGUUUUGCUCACUUUCGGUGGGAAAAUGAUGAGAGUUUGUAAAAAAAAGGGUGUUGUGGUCUACUGAAAGAAAAGAGGGGGAUAAAAUUUGGUGGAUAUGGUAGUGGAUGAUGGGUUGUAAAAAUAAGUGUUUGUGAGGCAAUCAUCAAAGAAGAGGUAGUGAAGAAGGUGUUGAAGACCAACGUGGCAGCUCUUGGUGAGCUUAACAUGCUCAAGAACCAUACUGGUUCAGCCAUGGCCGGUGCUCUUGGUGGCUUCAAUGCCCAUGCCAGCAACGUUGUUUCUGCAGUGUACAUAGCCACUGGCCAAGAUCUUCUACUUGGGCAAAUAGUUCUUGAAAGCAUCGUCGCCGGGACAAAACACUAUCAAUCCGUCGUCGAGAUUGUCCUUGAACGUUUUCUCGGCGUCGGAGGUCUGCAGAAUCUCGGUGAACACUUUACAGCCGUGAGCCGACAUCAAAGCCGUCGGAUUCAUCUGACUCAGACCAGGAGUCGGAGCUUCGGCUUGAACCGACGGCAAGAUCUUGCUGAUCUGAAUGACGGACAUGUUAUACGGAACCUCACCCGACGACUUGAUGAAGACGGCGUCGACGUUGCCGCCGUUAUCCUGGGCUUCGAAGCCGACCUUACCGCCUUUGAGAUCCGUGAUAUUGACGAAUCCAGAGGAGCCGGAAGCGGUGCCGAAGUAGUCCAAGAGAACGUUGCAUAUGGCCGUAAAGGCUCAUCAACCUGAGGUGGCUAGGUUGUUGUUUACGCGGGCUGAAAGUGUAUUAAUUUCA